AUCUCCCAGGGCUGAACAAAACCUUGCACGGCUGAACGGCACAAAGACGGGCAUGCCUGUUCAUGAAAGCUGUCGCAACCAACCCUCACCUCCCAUGUCCCAUUCCUCUUACUCCUCGUCCCUCUUGCUCCUCAUCCCUCCUGCUCCUCAUCUCUCCUGCUCCUCAUCCCGCCUGCUCCUCAUCUCGCCAGGAGCGGUGAAGGCGAGGCUGAACGGCACGGAGAUCACCAGCGCUGCUGGGGAUGUGAAUGCCACAGGCGUCAUCUCCCUCGCUGUCUUCCAGAGUGGCAGCGACUACAACAUUCGCUACGGAGCCAGCAUCCGCCUCACCGCCCCCGGAGCUCCUCUCUCCAUCGCCAUCCGCACUGGUGCUGCCGGCUCGGCUGACGGCGGCGCCGCCCUUCUCGAGUUCUCCGCCACCGAAGCAGCGUGGGUCAACAUGACUUGGAACGGCACCCGCAGGGACUCCCGCGGCCGCAGGCACGCCGCCCCCAUUCCGAAAUACUUUGGGUUUUUCCGCCCGGCUGCUCGUACCGGUUAUGUGUAUGGGUUUUCUGGUGUUUGGUAUAAUGCCACGCAGUACAGUAACGCGGACGGGCAGAGCUAUUUCGAGGUGGCGAAUCUGCUCUUGGCGAAUCCGAGUGGGUACUUUGGGAUUGUGAAGACUGCAGCGUUUGCGGAUGGAGCCGCUCGCGGUCAGUUUGCAAAUUUCACCCGCCCGACCCCCGACACGUUCUGGCAGCGCAGCUAG